GCAGCAUGGAGGCGACGCUCGUGCGCCUGCAGCGCCGCGAGCAGCACGGGCUACGCCACACCUUUUCGCGGGCGAUCGCAGCACGCUUUUACGCCGACGGGUCCCUCGAGCGACGGCGGCGUGUCCUCGCGUGCACCCAGCGGCGCCAGGCGCGGCUUCAAGAACGGGCGCGCCUCGAGGCGUGGAAGAGCGAAUUGCUGCGGCGAGCGCUCGACGAGAAGCGCGAGCUUGACGACAAGCGCCGCGAGCGCGAGAUGGACCGCGCGAUGCGGCGCCUCCAGCACAUGAGCGCUGAAGUCAUCCAGUCCGCGUGGCGCCGUGUGUACCAUGGCAUGCUCUGGCGUCGGCUGCGCGACAACGCGGCGUGUCUCUUGCAGCUUGCGUGGCGCGACUUUGUCCAGCGACGCAAGCAGCGCCGGUUCCGGGCCACACGCCGCAUACAGCGGUGGUGGCGCCGGGCGGUCGUCGUGUUGUGCGUUCGCCGGGUGUGGCACACGUGGCAACGCGUGGUGACCACACGCCAAAACGCACGGUGUCGCGCACGCGCGUGGCAGGAAGCGAGGGCCGCGCGCUGCCUUCAAGCCCAGUGGCGAACCUACUGGCAGUUUAUUCGCGACGCCGCGGCCAUGACGCUGCAGCGGUGGGCACGGCGCAAGACCCGGCGACAACGCGUGAAGCGACUCGCAAGCAUUUACCAACACCUUCAGUUUCUCGAGCGCAUGGAAGCCAGCGCGCGCCGCCUCCAGUACGUGAUCGGUCGCCACGCAGCGCGGACGCGCCUCCGUGCGGUGCCAACAGCCGCUGAAAAGCCACGCGCGGUGGCCGCGCACGAGAUCUGCGUCGAUGGCACGCGCGAGGCGGAGCUCGGCCGAACGACCAUCCGCUUACGCGCGGAGAUUGCGCGCCUCGAAAUCGAGAUUGCUCGGCUGCGCAACGACGCCUUGCCUGAAGCCCAAGCAAUGCGGUUCGACGAGCGGGAGCGGCUCCGGCGGCUGCGGGUGCUCGAAGCCCAGCGGCUUGCACGCGAGUCCGAGGCCAAUGCCCAGCGCAAGCGUGACGUCGAAGAGCGCAAGCGGCGCGAGAUCCGCCUCGAGCUCGACAAGCACUGGGACCUCACCCGGCGCCAGCAAGGCAAAGGGAAGGGUCUCGAGCCAUCGCGGCCCGACUCGCGAUUCGAGCUUGUAUAAGAGGUUGUAGAUAGACGUAUUUAUUCAAGAGCAAGUCGCGUCCA